ACAGGCGAGAUCCUGGGGACGCCAUUUAGAUUUCGGGGUGGUCUGCUUCAGCGGCCGAGGGGGUGUGCUCCUGCGGCUGGGAGAGAAACAACCUGGAAGAAACCCCAGGACUGGCGGCCAGGAGACAAGUUCCCAGGAGGGGAGCUGUGACGGGGUCUCAUUCCCACUGGAGGGACCAUGGUCUCCAUGAUGCUCGCCCGACGGCUCGCCCGCAGUUUUCAGCACAAGUACCUCCUGCUCGUGCCUGGAAACAGAAACAUCAGUCAAGCAGCUGCCAAGGUGGACUUGGAGUGUGACUACGAUGGGCCUCUUAUGAAGACUGAGGUCCCAGGACCCAAAUCCCAGGAAUUAAUGAAACAGCUGAAUAUCAUUCAGAACGCAGAGGCCGUGCAUUUCUUCUGCAACUACGAGGAAAGUCGUGGCAACUACCUUGUGGAUGUGGACGGCAACCGGAUGCUGGACUUGUACUCCCAGAUCUCCUCCGUGCCCAUAGGAUACAGCCAUCCUGCCCUCAUGAAACUUGUGCAGCAGCCUCAGAAUGUGAGCACCUUCGUCAAUAGGCCCGCGCUGGGCAUCCUGCCCCCCGAGAACUUCGUGGACAAGCUCCGUGAGUCCUUGCUGUCGGUCGCCCCCAAGGGAAUGUCCCAGCUCGUCACCAUGGCCUGCGGCUCCUGCUCCAAUGAAAAUGCCUUCAAGACCAUCUUCAUGUGGUACCGGAACAAGGAGCGAGGGAAGACAGGUUUUUCCAAAGAGGAACUGGAGACGUGUAUGAUCAACCAGGCCCCUGGGUGUCCGGACUACAGCAUACUCUCAUUCAUGGGCGCCUUCCACGGGAGGACCAUGGGUUGCCUAGCGACCACCCACUCCAAAGCCAUCCACAAGAUUGACAUCCCCUCCUUCGACUGGCCCAUCGCGCCCUUCCCGCGGCUCAGGUACCCACUGGAGGAGUUUGUCAAGGAGAACCAGCAUGAGGAGGCCCGCUGUCUGGAGGAGGUGGAGGAUCUGAUUGUGAAGUACCGAAAAAAGAAGAAGACGGUGGCUGGGAUCAUUGUGGAGCCUAUUCAGUCUGAGGGUGGCGACAAUCAUGCAUCUGAUGACUUCUUCCGGAAGCUGAGAGACAUCUCCAGGAAGCAUGGCUGCGCCUUCUUGGUGGAUGAGGUCCAGACCGGCGGGGGCUGUACUGGCAAGUUCUGGGCCCACGAGCACUGGGGACUGGAUGACCCUGCAGACGUGAUGACCUUCAGCAAGAAGAUGAUGACAGGAGGUUUCUUCCACAAGGGAGAGCUCAGGCCCAACGCACCCUACCGGAUCUUCAACACGUGGCUGGGGGACCCAGCCAAGAACCUGUUGCUGGCCGAGGUCAUCAACGUGAUCAAGCGUGAGGACCUGCUGAACAACGCGGCACACGCAGGGAAGGCCCUGCUCACAGGGCUGCUGGAUCUGCAGGCUCGGUAUCCCCAGUUCAUCAGCAGAGUUCGGGGCCGUGGCACUUUCUGCUCCUUCGACACCCCGGAUGAGUCCAUACGGAAUAAGCUGAUUUUAAUAGCCAGAAACAAAGGCGUGGUGUUGGGGGGCUGCGGGGACAAGUCCAUCCGCUUCCGGCCCACUCUGGUCUUCAGGGACCACCAUGCCCACCUGUUCCUCAACAUCUUCAGCGACAUCCUCGCCGAGUUCAAGUAAAGAAGCCACAUUACACCACACCCCACGCCCCGAUGGGGGGGGGGGCAGCCCCCCUCCUCUUCCACUGAUUCCUUUGUCUAAUUCAUGUUCUCACUUCACGUA